AUGGCGACAAACGCGCCCUACUACCAGAUGCACGCUGGCCAGUUCAUCAACGCGACCAACAGUACAAACGCGGCGCAGCCCCAGUUCGUACCCGAAGACGACGAAUAUGACCUCUCUGCUGCCACCCCUACCGCCGCCGCCACCGCCGUGGUCGCAUCGUCGACUGAACACUACAAUCCAUCCCAACAUACCGAGUACUCCGCCCGCCAAACCUCGGCGGACAACACACUCGAGGAGAAUCAUAAUCUUGUCGAAUUGCUCGAGGCUGCGACGACGGCCCGUCAGGCUGCUCAGGCCAUGAAUGUCGACAUUUCGGUUGCAUCGAGCACGGCGGCGCAGGCCAAGGGCAAGAGGAAGAGAGUCUCCAGCUCUCCCGCCGAGAAUCCUUUGUACCCGGAAGACGAGGCCAUUAGCACCAAACGGCGAAGACUUGAGAUGCCUACAGACACUCUGUUCCAAGAAGGUGACCGUAAUGUGAGGGUCAAUUCUAAAAAGGCCAGUGUGCCUCCAACUAGCGAGUCUCUUCUGGACGACGCUCGUGCAGCAGGCGUUCACUCCGCCGCCGCUCUCUUCCGCCACUCAUCCGAGAGGACCUCACGCAAGUACACACGACCACCCAUGUCAAAGCUCUUCAUGUCGCUCCAGCUCAGCCCCGAGAACUUCCUACAACUGCAAGCCCAAGCCAAGGCGUACAUGCUCGACUCGGCGCAUCCUGAGCGACAAAAUUGCGUUGGAAAUCGUGGCAAAGGUGACACGGAUAUGGUCAAGUUGCGGCUGUUCAACUGCGUUCGGAACUUCCUGGACGACCAGGUUGGCGAGCAAUUCUUCGGUGAGCACGUCAAGAAGCCAGGCGAAAAGGAGGCAACCGAAGCAGCUCAUGCGCUAGGAGAAGAAAAGACGUCUGGUGCGGAAGCGAGACUUGCAUGGCCGAGAGAUGGCAACAAGAUCAUUGGUCUUGUCACUCCCCUCAUGAGACGCAUGGUGACAAAUGAACGGCAACGACAAUACGCCAUGGAGACGAGAAAGGGAGGCGCGAAGAAGAAAGAGAGGGAUGACAGCCUGGAAGUUAUUGCUCAGCAGGCAAACAGCAACUCGAGACUUGACACCGAGCAGCUACAGCCAGCCUUCGAUCCCACUUUCGACCAGCCUCCGCAACUCUCACAGCUGGCGUCGCCGUCGCUACCCAACGACGUGAUGAGUAAACUCGGCUCCCUACCCGGGAGGUACAGGAAUCAUCCGGAUCGCGAUCGAACAACGCUCGCAGAGGCAGAGGCUAGGACGACUAAUCCAGCACGUGUCAAGCUUCCCACAGACGGCCCUGCCGAACACCACCUCUCUCACAUCAACAUCUUCCUCACGCUUGCCCCUCGAGGAUCCAGGCCCAUCAUCAAGCUCGACGAAACACGCAUCACCCUCAAGCCUCCCCAAAAACACCUUGCCUGGUAUGAGUGGGACGACUUUCUCCAGCAUGUCAUUGACCUGCUCCAAGCGGCAAAAGCAAAGUUUCCAGAAGUCAGAGAAAGACUGGUGUUUCAGGAGGGCCGGAUCGGCGCUGAGAAUCUUCGUGGGCUUGCCGUUGCUGCUAAUGCUCUGUCCAAUGAGACCGCUAACGGAGAAGAUGCAGCGCUGGGCUUAGCACCUCCUCCAGAAGGUCACCAUCGACCCAUUAGUCAGAUAUCUCAAGAAGUCGAGCCCAGCACGUCUGGAGAGGCUACUCCCGCUAAUCCGGACGCUUCCUUCCCUGAAAACGCGCUGUCUGCUCCUCCUCCUCCUCCAGUCCCGGUGGUCAAAGAUGACGCAGACACUGACACCAAUAUCAAACUUCUACCUCGCUACAUCAUUAAAACGAUCGGCCCCGACGGCUGGAAAAUCAUCGGCAAUGCGAAAGAGUGGUAUGAUAUGCUCCUCGAGAUGGCUUUCGCUGUUUGGGCAGAUGGCGUGUGCAAUGUGCUUGUUGAGCUCGUAGACCUG